AAAAAUAUUUAUCUGUCAUUUAUAGAACACAUAUUUUUCAAAUUGCUUUUGCUUUGCUUUACUAUACUUGUUGGAAUCAAGCAAGGACCAAGUAUUUAGUCAUAAUAACAUAUUCAAUUGUCCCGAAAGGAUCAACUUGCAUUCAGUAUGAGUGGUGAACCUCAAGCUAAGCGAACGAAAAUGAGUGCUCUGGACCAACUUAAACAGCACUCCACGGUGGUGGCGGACACCGGGGACUUUGAAGCUAUGAAAGCAUAUAAGCCCACGGAUGCCACUACCAACCCCAGCCUGAUCCUGUCUGCGGCGGGGAUGGAGCAGUACCAACAUCUGCUGGACAAAGCCAUCAAGUAUGGCAAGGAUACUGGCAGCACAGUGGAGGAGCAAGUAGCAGAGACAUUGGAUAUGCUCAGUGUACUAUUUGGUUGUGAAAUCCUCAAGAUUAUCCCAGGAAGAGUCUCUGUUGAGGUUGAUGCCAGAUUGUCUUUCGAUAAAGAUGCGAGCAUAUCCAAAGCAAUUAAGUUUAUAAAUAUGUUUGCUGAGCAAGGCAUCAAGAAGGAGAGGAUUUUGAUCAAGCUUGCGUCCACUUGGGAAGGCAUUCAAGCUGCAAAGGAGCUGGAGAAGAAGCACGGCAUUCAUUGCAACCUGACGCUGCUGUUCUCCCUGUACCAGGCCAUCGCUUGUGCUGAGGCUAACGUCACGCUCAUCUCACCGUUCGUCGGCAGGAUUUUGGAUUGGUACGUGGAACACACGAAGAAGACCUACGAAGCCGUGGAAGACCCGGGCGUGGUGUCGGUAACCCGCGUGUACAACUACUACAAGAAGUUCGGGUAUACCACCCAAGUGAUGGGCGCGUCAUUCCGCAACACGGGCGAGAUCCGCGAGCUGGCCGGCUGUGACCUCCUCACCAUCAGCCCCAAGUUCCUCGACGAACUAGCUAAGAGUGACCAGCCGCUUAAGAGGGUACUGGACCCAAAGAGUGCUAGUCAGUGCGACAUCGAGAAGAUCUCCCUCUCCGAGGCACAGUUCCGCUGGCACAUGAAUGAGGACCAGAUGGCCACAGACAAGCUGUCCGACGGCAUCCGCAAGUUUGCCGCCGAUACCAGGAAACUCGAGUCGCUCAUCAAGACCCUCCUCGCUAAAAAGUGAACGCAGUGACUACAUAAUGGUGCCGAUUCGGUCAGCCUCCAACUUAAUUUUAACUUAAUUUGACUGUCUCUUUUUGAGAAGGACGAUACUAGUUUAUGUGCUGUCAAACUAAAUUAAGAUUAAGUUUAUGUCCAGCAGAAUAGGCACCAACACAAUAUGCACUAGCAACAUUUUACUACAUAAAGAAUCGUUUUCUUUUGUUUCUUUGUUGACUUGUGAGUUUAACUAAUUCUAAUGAGUUGUAUGUUCCGUGACAAGUUUGUGCUGAGUGUUACCUUGCUGGUGCAUGCCAACGAUAAUUAUAUUAUUUUGCACAAGUUCGAUUUAAGAGUAUAGUGAUAUUCUUCCACUUUUUUACUCAUAUAUUUUUCAAUAAUUCUGAAUGUUUGCUGUUCCAUGUUUAAAUUUUGAUGAAUGUUUAUCAAAUGCUCUACUAUUGUAGGCAUCUUUAUUUUUGUUAUUACAUAGUACAAAUUGUUUAAUAGAGAAUGAUGAUUUACGUGCAAUGGGACCAUACAUAUUGUUUUUACAUUCCUUAAAAUAAAGUUUUACUUUAUAGGGGGUUUAUAAGGUGUGUUUUAAAUCAUGUUUUUUGAAAUAUAAAACUGAUCUUUA